AUGCCGUGGUCAAUUUCCAGCCCUCUCAAAGGCAUUGACAAACGUGCUGACGGUAAAAACUCCGACAGUUCCGAAAAACUACCGUCGCCUGUAGCUAUGUCCCAGGAGAUCCCACUCAGCUUGAAGGCUGAAAAGACUGUUCAGGCGGCCCGUGAUGCUUGUGCAAAAAUCAUUUCAGGGAAGGACGACCGCUUGAUCGUUGUUGUUGGCCCUUGCUCAAUCCAUGACCCCGAGCAAGCUUUGGAAUAUGCCAGAAAAUUGAAGGCCAGCCUGAGCUUGUUCCCCGACCUUGUCAUCUUGAUGCGUUCAUAUUUUGAAAAGCCUAGGACUUCCGUUGGGUGGAAAGGAUUGGUCAACGAUCCAGAUCUCAACGGCACCUUCCAGAUCAAGAAAGGCUUAUUUACCGCGAGGAAGUUGCUCAGAGACUUGACCGAGCUGGGCUUGCCACUUGCUGUCGAGCUCUUGGAUACUUUCAGUCCACAAUACUUGUCCGAUUUCAUAUCGUGGGGAGCGAUUGGUGCGCGGACCACCGAAUCUCAACCGCAUCGUGAAAUGGCCUCCGGAAGGCCGCAUCCGGUGGGCUUCAAAAACGGAACAGACGGGUCGAUCGGUGUGGCUAUUGACGCUAUGAAGUCCGCCUCCUCGCCGCAUUCGUUUGUGGGCAUGAACCACGAAGGAUUGGCGAGUAUUAUCCGGACCAAAGGCAACCAAACCGUCCAUGUCAUCCUCCGGGGCGGAACCAGGGGCCCCAACUACUCCGAAAGCCAUGUCACCGAGGCCAUCAAGUCGAUUUCAAAGCAGCUUCCCCUCGCACAUCCGUCUAUCAUGAUCGACUGCUCUCACGGAAAUUCCGAAAAGAAUCACCGCAACCAGCUCAAAGUUGCGCAGAGCAUCUGCGAUCAGUUGAAGGCAGGAAACCCGUUCAUCGGUGGUGUGAUGCUCGAAUCCAACAUCAACGAGGGCCGCCAAGACCUCCCAUCAAAAGGCCCAGCAGCCUUGAAGCAUGGAGUAUCUAUCACGGAUGCUUGUAUCGACUUCGAAUCAACGCUCACCGUCCUCAAAAACUUGCAAAACGCAGUUGUCUAUCGUCGGAAAUUAAUCGAAGACCUGGUGGAUGAUAACAAGACCUUGGGCUCCUUCAGUCUCUCUUUCGGCUCGUUUUGA